AUGGUGACUCAGGUGAAGGCCUAUGUUCGGGACUGCCGAGUGUGCAAAGAAACAAAGUCGACCAAUUGUGGGCCGAAGCCAGGAAUAGGAGCUGAAGUGAAGUCCUAUCGGCCAUUCCAGAAGAUCUAUAUAGGCUUCUUGGGGAAAUACCCACGGUCGAGGGGAGGUCACGCGUACGUGUUAGUGGUUGUGGAUCACUUUUCGAAAUUCGUGUUUCUGCAAGCAAUGCGGGAGGCUACAGCGAACGGCGCUGUGAAAUUCCUUAAACGGGAAGUUUUCCACAAAUUCGGAGUGCCGGAACGAGUGCAUAGCGUUAACGGAAAACAAUUUGUUUCCAAACAGUUCGAACAAUUGUUGCGGGAAUAUGGCGUAAAGCAUCUCCGCACUGCGUUAUAUUCACCUCAGUCCAACGCGGCCGAAAGAGUCAACCAGUCGGUGCUGAACGCGAUCCGGUCUUAUCUAAACGAAGAUCAUCGGGAUUGGGACCUGUAUCUCAGCGAAAUCGAAUUCAAGGUGCGGGAUAGUAUUGCACAGGGUGGCGGCCUUAAAUGGGGCUCUGAUUCGUGUCGUGGCUUGGAGCUCGAGAUGCGAAGUUUUAUGAAACGGACUGGGGAUGCAUUUAAAACCCUGUCAGCUGGCGUUCAUAAGCUCCAAGAGGAGCUUUUGGCGAUGGAGGUUCAAUUCAGAAGUUCUAAACUUUUGAUUGAAUCUCCGACGCGAAAGAGGGCCAGGUUUCAGGGCGCGUCCCUCAGUCCGUCGGCACAUUUGUCUCUGCCAGUUCCGGCUUUCGACAUUGACCCUAUGUCACCAAAUGCACAGCAGCUGAUAUCGUUUAGGAGUCCGGCUUUGGCAGAAAUAAAAUACAUGAAGAAGCAUUAA